CUUCGGAAACGGUAGCGAAAGCUUUUCUGGAGCGCUGGGUAGCUCAAUACGGCUGUCCCGUCAUCGUGACCACCGAUCGAGGGUCACAUUUCUCAUCGACAUUUGCCACGUUGCUUAAGGAUUUAGGCUGUCGCCACGUUCAGACGACGGCGUAUCAUUCGGCCGCUAACCUCAUGGUGGAGCGGUUUCACCGACAAUUGAAGGUUGCGCUACUUGCGCACGCAGAUCCUUCAUGGGCUUAAACACUUCCUCUCGUCAUCCUAGGCUUAAGAAACACGGUGAAAACCGAUUUGGACGCAACACCAGCGCAGCUAGUCUACGGUUGCACGUUGCGGUUGCCCGGACAGCUGGUAUCACCAACGCCGUCUACUUCCUCUUUUGACUACAGAAGUUACACCGAUCGAUUGGCUCACCAGAUACGUGAGCUACGUCCACCCGCUCCUCGAUCGCAGAAGACACCAGUGUACGUGCCCGAGAAGCUGUCUACGUGUUCACACGUCCUUCGCGCAGACGGUGUUCGACAGCCUCUUCAGUCGCCGUACAUAGGACCUUUCAAAGUGCUACACCGCGCGAAUAAGGAGUACAAUAUUGACCGCGGUGGCCGACGCGAAGUCGUCACCAUCGACCGUCUGAAGCCUGCGUUUAUGGAAGAAACCACCUCGCUACUUCGUCUCGUAGUGAUUCGUGCGACGUCACAACUCACCGCACCAGCAUUCAGAAUCCUAGUGCAUUUCAACCUGACCACGAUCUCGGUCUACAAGCUUCAGCCGUCCCGACAUCUGAAUCUAGCCCGCCGCCUCCCACGAACAAUCGCCGUGGUCGGGAGGUGCGUAAGCCGGUUCGUUUCUCCGACUAUGUACAGUGUAAAUACGUUUAGGUCUGUAGAUAUUUUAUAUACUGGCCCCGUAUUUUGGUCGAUUAACGUUUUGAAAACAAAAAGAACAAAAACCUCCGAAAAACUCUUUUUUUUAAUAUUCAAAAUCCAAGAUAUCCUAACACGCAGAUCAUUCGUUCGUUCCUUUUGGGGUAUUUUGCACGUGUUUUUCUAUUAUCUCCUUUACACGCCCCAACCCUCCUUCGAUCGACUGGCUCGCACGAGCAAUGUUUCCGAGGACCCUGAUGCGAGUGCUGGUCGUUUCUCCGCGUGAUGGGUGUCGCUUCUUCGCGGGACGAGGGUCGCUUCUUCGUGGGACGAUGGUCGUUUCUCCGUGGGACGGGGUGCGGCGGCGGGACAGACCACUCCCAAGCGCACCGUUUGGCAGCAGCGGAGGUUGAGUUCCUUUCGGCCUUUUUCUGGGUUAGCCAGCUUUUUUGUUGUCCGACAAGCCCGCUCCAAAUGGCUCGCCGAAAUGCACCCUGCCCUGCAAUCAGUAAAUAAUAAAUCACAAACGGCACAGCGGACUCCGACUUCCGGCGAACCCCCAUUUGACACGAAUGCUUGCUCAUUCUUAGUCGACAGGAUUUUGCCCUACGAACCUCGAUUCACCUGUCAUUUUCGAUUUCGAAGGCUUUCUAUGUUCAGCCUUCUAGGGGGAGCUCUGUAGCGUCCAAAAUGAUAACCGCUAUAUUUUAUGUUCUGUUUAAUUGUUGACCAAUUGUACAUUAUUCUUUCUAAUUGUAAUCUUCUUAACAUUCAGUUCGACAAGACCGCCUUUUAAGUGCCCGCGCUAACGUGUACCUCCUGUCUUGCUUCAUCCAUCCGCGUCUCCUUGUUGCCCAUUAAAUACA